UAUAAUCUUGGCCAUAAACAAUAUUUCCCUUCAAUAUCUUUUAAUCUUGUUUCUUUAAGACAUUGACAAGAAGAUUAAUAUUGUACACCACGAGUCUAGAGACGAGUCAAUUUAUACCUGAUUUAGAGGAUUUGUGGAUGGUGUUUCUUCUUUGGUGAGUUUUUAUUUUCUCUUUAUAUAUAUAUAUUAUACUUUCUAUUCUCUUGGGAUCUUCAAGAGUUUGAAUCUUUAGUUACCUAAGCGUUUGUGAUUCAACUUAAAGCAGGUAGGUACCAUCAACUGUUUGUGUGUUACAUGAUGAGAAUAUUCCCUUUUUGGACAGAAUGAUUCUUUUUAUAUGUUAAGUAUUUUACUGGUUUCAUGUCCUUAAGUCUUUCUGUUCCUCAGAACCAGGUCUCUCUCCCUUUGCAUCAGGAUCAAGGCUUACACACAAGUGUUUUCACUUUUCUGAUUAGGUUUUGGAGUAAGAAUUAACUUUGUGUUUUAUAACACUCGUUGAUCCUCGUCCUCUGUGUCAUGGAGGAUCCUUGUGAGACACUCAACAAUAGUGAAGCCUUUCACAUGUCUAGAUAUCAUAGCUAUAACAACCACAGCCCCAGAAUCUCCUCCCCCUGGUUGGAUCUGAGAGUGUUCUACGUCAGGAUAAGCAACGUCAGGGUUGAAGAUUCAACCCCUGAGGCCCUCACCAUCAAUCACAUUCCUCUGGAUCCAGACACGCUUCUGGAGAUAAACGGUGUUAGGAUGAGCAUGUACUCGGAAGGGUGUUCUUCACAGCUUAGGAGGGAUCGUGUUGAUAAGAAAUCUGAAGAAGCUACUUACGUUAGCACAGACAAUAUCAGGUUAAAUGGUAGUGUAAAGUUUGAGGUUUAUGACAAGAAAGAGCUAGUUUUGUCUGGAUUUCUUGAGAUGUCUGAUGGUAAUGGGUUCACGGGGGAGUCGAAGAAGCAGUGGAACAUGACUUGCGAAGCUGAGAUCACUGUAGGGUCUGGUUUUGUAAAGGAGAAGAGCAGAAAUGGUCAAGAGUUAUUGCCCGCUUUGCCAACUAUCGAGGUCUAUGUCACUGGCUGCUUCUCAGGAACACCCAUCAUCUUAACCAAGACUCUGCAGCUUGGUUUGAGAAAGAAGCAAAGUAGAAGAAUGGCAUUGGAUUCAAUUCCUGAGUAUGAAACUGCAGAAGAGCCUCAGAAAGACAUAUCCUCUGAGCUUGAUCUUCAGGCAGCAGAAUACGCGAAUUACAAAGAUUAUGAAGGAGACAGGUAUUGGAGAAGUGAGUGCUUAGAUGGAGAAAUGUCAUGGUUCAAUGCAGGUGUAAGAGUUGGUGUUGGGAUUGGACUUGGUGCAUGUGUUGGUAUUGGGAUUGGUGUCGGUCUUCUCGUACGUACUUAUCAAUCAACUACCAGAAACUUCAGGAGGAGGCUUCUCUAGUUUUAUAAAAUAAAUUGAAAUUCUGUAAGAAUCUUCUUGUUUUAUAACCGUAGUAUUUUGGGUGUGAUUUGAAUUAAACACUUAGGUGUGGGUUUAUUGGCAACUGAUUUCCUGUAAAUAAAUGAAUGAGAGAGUUAGCUUUUUGUACUCAGAACUUGGCUGGAGACCACCACUUGUAAACUAGAUAAAUAUACUGGUUACAGAAUUCUGGCUUGGAUGCCCUUUGAAUA